AUGGUGAUGUGGAAGUAUGACUUACAGGAGGUUCGCUCGCUUCCGAUGCUGAAAGAAAUCUGGAAUGACAUCCAUAUCAAAUGUUCCGCAGGCCAAGUGAUAGUUGUAGAUGACUUCUGCUCGAUUUACAAAGCCACCAUUUUCAGUGCUGAACAGAUGAUUUUAGGAAUCGAAGCUUCGCGGUUCGUCGAAUCUGUUCAACGACAAGAAAUGGAAUCGCAUCUUGAAUCUGACGUGAAACCCCAUCUUGACUUAGCUUGUGUCAAACUUGAAACACGGACGUUUAUUUGGAAGAUUGAACACUUUAGUGAAGUUUUGAGGCAAACGAAGGCCGGGGAAAUGCUAAGUAUCGGUAGUUUUCCAUUUUACACGGACAGAACAGAGAGUUGUGGCUACAAGUUAAAAAGUAAAGUACGUAUGGCUCCGAACGGUGAUGGAACUUACGAGAAUACUCACUUAUCAGUGUACAUCCUCGUCAUGAAAGGUGAAUAUGACGCCAUCUUACCCUGGCCUUUCAAGAGGAAAGUUACGUUUACAUUGAUUGAUCAACAAGAAGAUCUAGUCGAACGGCAAGACAUUACCCAACAUUUCACGUCAGGCAAUCACCCAGAAUCCUUUGCAAGGCCUAAGAGUGAGGAUAGCAAUCUUGGGCUCGGGUUUGCUCAAUUUGUUUCUCACGAGGCACUUCAUUCAAGGCGCUAUAUUGUUGAUGGCACUUUGUUUUUUCAGGUUGACAUCGGCCCAUCAUCCAGUUAAGGUUCUCUUGUUAUUUCUAUGAUCAGUUUUCACACGCGCCCUUUUCAGGAGGCUAAGAGACACAAAGAACGUUAUAAUUCAAGGAUAAUUCAGGAAAUUGAACCUACCUUCGGCACUUUCCUUCCUAGGUAUCUCGACUUGUGUAUGAAGUGUAUGAGUGUAUCGCUGACCAACAACAUGGUUGUUGACAGAUAUUAUGUUUUCGUUCGACGAUAAGAGAGCUGAGAAGUAAAACCUACGAAGAAAAGGGAUGAAUAAUUCGAAAUAAAAGCAAUGUUUUGUCCUUGAAAA